AGAGAAAGAGUGAGUUAGAGGCGGAGACGACGUUAGAUGAACGCGCGGGUGAUUUCCAUGGAACGCGAAAUAAAAAUCGAAGCUACGUAGCGUCAGGAUGAGAAGAGCCGUUGACAUAUAUUCGAUUAACUAUAAUUUCUAAUGAGUCGGUAAAUUGUUUUGCUCCUUGAGCGGGGAGGAAAGAGAUAGGAAGUAGCGCAAAUGGAGAGGAGAACGACAACAUGAUAGAAUGUGAGCGAGAGGGAGCUCGUGCGUACAUAAAUGUCCGUUUAUCCACACACAUUCUGCACUUUGUUUCCUUGUAUUCCGUGCUGUUUGCUUCGCCCCACCGCGAGGGAGAUGUAAUUAAAACGCGAACGAGUUUCUUUCAUCGUGCGCAUUAUCUGUAGGUGGCGUCAAAAUGAGAGUCACGGAAUGCAGGCCGAGUUGAUAUAUCGAAAACCUGCGACGAUGACGAGCUCAUCUAGUCAGAGUGGUUUUCAUCGUGCCGGAAACGGUAAUCGAGAGAGCAGCAGCCGGGACUCCCGAGAGACCAUACACUCCGGCCACUUCAUGGUGUCGGACUUCGAAGCCGAGGCCCAGGACGAUGAGGACGAGCUGGCUGUACCGGUGCCUGACGAGGAAGUCACCGCCAGGUUGUCGAUUAUCGCCCAGCCCGGUUUCACCGUCGAACGAUUCGUCGCCAACUCGUCGAAUGACAAGAGUUCGCUGAGCAUCGAGACAUCCUUGAACAAGCUCUUCCAGUGCAUGUCCCUUGCCUACAGACAGAAGCUGACAUCGCCCAAGUGGAAUCGCUUUAAAGGAAUCAGGUUGCGAUGGAAGGACAAGAUCAGACUGAACAACGUCAUCUGGAGAUGCUGGCACAUGCAGUUUAUAUUGAAACAAAGUACGUUGGUGUGCCAGUUCGCGUCGCCACUUGACGUCGAUACUCACAACAAACCCGAGGCGGUGGUCUUAGAGGGAAAAUACUGGAAGCGAAAGCUCGCGGCCGUCACAGCGGAGUACAAGAAAUGGCGUAUGUUCUAUCGGAACAAGAUCCUCGGCUGGACGAACAAAGAUGGCACCGAGAUGAUGGAAUCAAUGGACAUGCUAGACUGGGACAGUGGAAGCAUAACCACCGAGAACUACGGGAUGGGUAUAGGCAGUGCAUCCGGAAGUAUCAGUGGAGCUCCAGGCGGAGAGAGCAUGAUGGUUGAUGAGGACUAUAUGGAGCUGAUGACCGACACCCUCUUUUCGACCAUCAGUUCCAAUCAACCGAUAUACUUUCCUGAUCCUAGAGAAAUCGCCCGAGGUGCCAGUUUAGCAGACUUCAUUCAACCUAGUCUGGGUCCUCUACAGCCCAAUCUCGACGAUUUCAUGGACACGCUGGAGCCACUACAAGAAUUCCUAAAUUCGAAAUUGCCUCCAGUCCCUGAGGAGGACGACAUGUUUCGGAAUAACAGCCUAAAUGCUAAUUAUUCCGACCUAGACCUUAUGACCCCGAUUACUCAGAUGAACGAAAUAAAUGAGGAUCCGACGAUAAAGAGUGAACAGAGUCCACAACAACAGCAGCAGCAGCAGCAGACGUUGGCUCAGGAAGUACAAGAUGCUAACAUGCAGAAUCUCCAUUAUACCGCCAAAAUAUAUACUCAGCCCCAGCCUGAAUCAUCAAGUGUUUAUAGAAAUAGCAUAGCUAUGACUGAGAACUACAACGCUAUUCAGCAAAACUUCGAGACAUCCGUCACGAGUCAAUCGACGCGAGAGAAAAAUCGGAGUAGUAGUAAUAGCAGCAGUAGCAGGGCGACGUCGUCGAGAAGUAGCCGCGUGAUACAGCAAGCCCAACAGCAGAGUACGUACCAAGCGACAAGCGGGCAGCAGACGCAGAAUUCCGGGUUCCAACCGUCGCCGGCGCAGUCAUCUUACGCGAUGGAAAUACAAUUAACGCCUGUGCAGAAUCAACAACCGGUGCAGAUCGCGGCGCUGAACGAUCAGUCGGUUAAUCAGAUAUCGUCGAUCGUCGCCGCGGCAGCUGCUGCAAGCAGCCAUGUGUCGAAUCUGGUGGCGGUGCAACAUAAUUUCACGCAGGCGGCCAACUCGCCGCUGCAAACGCAGCAACGAGCAAUAAGACCUUUACCGCCCACGCCGCCAAUGUCCACGAAACCGUACAAGAUCGUGCAACCGCAGCAGUGCUACAAGUUCUCAAACCUCACUCAGAAUUUCAACGCUCAACAGUGUAAAUUUAAUGUCAAUAAUUUCAAGACGCAUCCUACGCAACAAGUGAUAUCAGUGUCGGCGGAGCAGCCAUCGCAGUCACAGAUAUUGCUGCAGUGUAGGCCCUCUGGACUAGACCUCACCGCGCCUGCUCUGCAUCCUACCAAACUACUACCUCAACCUACUAUAUCCAGCGUGGAGACGGAGGAGAUCUUCGCCGUACCUAAGUACCAAAUAAAGGGAAGAAAUAGAUCACGCAGCAGCUCGUCCCUAACAGCACCCAGGAUACAUCCACCGUUGGUAUCUGCAGUGAGCGAUCCAGCUCUGAAUCUGAAUAACAAUGUCUUGCUUGCGCACUUGCUCACAAACACCUCGUCUACGCAAGUGACGACUACGCAACACAUUACGACUCCAGUGACGGUUCAAACUAUGCAGACUUCCAACAUACAACAGGCGCAACCGCAACAGCAGGUGAUGCAAUCGUCCACCUGCAAUCAACAGAUUCUUUUAAAUACAAACAGCCAAACGCACCAAUCCCAAAAUAGUCCUAGUUCGCCGAAGGACAGUUCAAACGCUCACAGUCCGCAAACAUUGAGUCUCAGUCCUCUGCACAGCCCUAUGAAUAUAGGCAGCCCAUUGUCACCUAAUCGCGGAUACAUAAAGGGUGAAUCGGAAAGGGGACAAUAUAAGGAGCAGAGGAGAGUCGGCCACAUUCACGCGGAACAGAAACGUCGAUAUAACAUUAAGAAUGGAUUCGAUAUGCUGCACAGUCUAAUACCGCAGCUCAAUCAAAAUCCUAACACGAAGCUGAGCAAAGCUGCGAUGCUGCAAAAGGGGGCAGACUACAUUCGGCAAUUGAGAGCAGAAAGGAAUCAGAUGAAAGAAGAGAUGGAUAACUUGAAACAACAAAUCGAGUGCCUUAAUACGUCUAUUAGUAAUUGUCAAUCUAUGCUUCCUGCAACGGGUGCUCCAGUUUCUAGCCAUAGAACAAGCAAGAUGAAAGAGAUGUUCAACGAAUAUGUGCGUAAGCGCACGCGAGAGAACUGGAAAUUCUGGAUUUUUAGUACAUUGUUAGAACCGCUGAUGUUGUCCUUCGAUGCUUCUGUCUCGACUGCGAGUGUAAACGACUUGGAGACGAGUACAAUAUUAUGGGUUGAGCAGCAGUGUUCACUCACCCGCCUCAGGCCAGCCGUUCUGGAUUGCCUGAGGCAUUUGUCUACUCAAACUGAUAUUUUAUCAAACCCAGCUCGUCUCCCCGAGGAAGCGCUCGAAGCGAUUAAUCAAACGGAACGCCGGUCCUCCACACAGUGACCAAGUGCACGGAUUUUGUUGCAACGUUGUUCGCGUGUUGUAUAAAAAAGUUCAAGAUUUAGAUACGUAUGAAAACGGAAAAGAUAGUUACCGUAUAGCUUAAGUCAACCUAUGCAAAAAAAAGAUAGGAAAUUAAGACCGGUUUUGUUGCGGCAGAUUUACGGAGCAUCGCUAAGUACGAUGACGGGGGCGAAAGAAUCAGAAUUUAAGUGCAAUUCCUCUUUUUAUUGCAAAACGUCACGUUUGCAAGAAAACAUUUGAAGCUGUGAAAAUUUAUCGUGACGGAUUAUAUAAGACACGUUUUAUAUAACGUAUUUGAAAAUAAAAUAUACACGUGUAUAUUAUCCAUCACCACCACCGCAACCACCACCACCAUCAUCAUAAUAUAUGCACAUCAAAUAUAUACUAAUGUAGCCAUCGAUGUGGCCGCGCACAAUCAUUUGCAGGUAAUUAUUUUGCAAUAAAAUAAUUACAUGCAUAGUUUCACAUUUAUUUCGCGCAAUCAUGUAUGUGUUAUCUUAAAACUAUAUCAAAAGUCAGAGAAUAUUUUAUAAUUACCUCUACAAUGAAUUGUAUAACAUUUAGUACUCGCGAUGAAGGGUUAACGCGUUUGUGAAAUUUCGUAAUAUGAUUCAUUCCAACAUUUGAGAAGCGUCUCGUUUAAAUAAUAGAAAGUUUAUAAUUUAUAGCUAUCGUAAUUAUUAAUUGCAAAAUGAGAACAAAGAAGUUUUGCACAGAUGCCUAUAGUUUUUUUCUUUUUUUUUCUUUUUUUUUCUUUUUGUAAACAAAUUACAUCAAACAAAAAUGAAAGAUAUCUCAAACAUUAAAUUACUUUUGUUGUAAAAUACCGUACUUAUUUAUAUAAGUAUGACUAAAAGUUACGUGAUAUUAAAACAUUUCUUUAAUAUGUCUCCAAUUAUAUCAUAUUAAAGAUAUGAGUCAGUGCCAUAAGUCAUUAUCAUUCUAACAGAUUGCAAUCAAAGAUAAUUGUAAAGGGAUCAUUUUUGAGUGAUAUGACUAGAGGUAUAAAGAUAUAAGUAACUUUUCAAUAUGUAAAUUAUCAAUAUUGGUUAUAUUGGUAGUAUUUGAUAAAUUUUGCGUUGCCAUCGAAUUGUUCUGCAUGGUUGCGCCAGCAAAAGGAAUUACAUAUAUGUCGAUAAUUGUAUGGACGAUAAAAAGAGGGUUGCUCAAACAUAUAACAUUUAUGUUCACAACGUUAUGCAAUAUAAGAUCUUUAAUAUAUAUGUGAUAAUGUACAAAUUAUUUACAAAUUAUUAUUAAAAAGGUUUGACUACCGAAUAGAGCUUAAGCUACAAAGGGCUUCUGCAUAUUGCAACGUUCUUAUUAAUGUAAAGUUAAUUUGUUGUACACACUCAAAUUAAGGAAAACAGAAACGUUCUCGAUACUUUGUUUUGUUCUUUUCAUCUAUACUUUAAGGUGAUUCGUUAUUCAAAAGACUUUACACACGAUACGAUAUACAGAUGCCCUCACUUAACUUACACGUGUAUAUACAUGUGUAAAUGAUAGAUAAUAUAAACGAACUCAGCGCGAAAGGGAUGUUCUUUUGUACAAUAUGUAUCAUAUAAUCAUAAAGACUCAUAUAUAUUGUUAUUACUUCAAUGUUACAACAUGAAGAAAUCUGAAAUAAUGUAUUUUAUUUAUACCCGUACCACAUUUGUUAUUUUUGAUAACUGUUAUUGAUGAAUGAAUGAUUGAUUAUUGAGAAAUUACUUGUGGUACAACCAGGGCAAAUAAAUUAAAUCGGAAUAUAAACACACACACACACACAUAUGUAUAUAUACAAUCUUAUGAAUACUAGUCUUUUGUAAUCAUCAAAAUAUACUUGGAUUCAUUUGCAUUGAGACAAAAGAUGAAUCAAUGAAUA